CGAAGGUCAAUCUGCUGAUAUCAUUAUGAUGUAAGUAUAAUAAAUUGCGAAAUGAUUGUAUAAAAAAAAAAUAUAAAUAGUUUUAAUGCACCCAAUUUAUUAAAUUUCAUUUUCGACUUUAAUUAUCAAAAAAAAAAAAAAAAUAAUUAAAAAAUCUCACCAUUGGUUUGGAAGUCCUUCCUCCAAUUCAAUGAUGUCCACAUCAUUUUAAGGGUGGCUCCAAUAUCAUUGUCAUUGUGUGCUAUGAAUCUUUUGAGGUAUUUGUCAUCAGAUUUAACUCUUUCGAGAUCUUUUGGAUGAACACCUACAAAAAAGAAAAAUAUAAACCAAUAGUAAUUGAGCUAGGAGCUACUUAUUGAAGCGCGAAAUUAAGCUUAAGGUGGUUGAAUAUUGAUAAUAAUAAAAAGAAUUCUUACUGCUCGGUCCCUUUGCUUCAACUUCUUUCAAAAAGCUGCUCCUCAGUUGGUCAACUAAGUUUUGGGGUACAGCUGCCACUGCCGGUUCUGUGGCCAUGAUAAUUAAAAUAACAACAAUAAAAACUAUAGAAUUUGUUUAAAAUAAUAAAAUAUCCUACAGAAAACACGAUUAAAUAGGAUAGGAAUGUCCCUUGACAAAUCGAAAAUCAACUGACGAGAAUAAAAAAUAAAAAACCUUCACAAUACAUAAUUAAAUUUCAAAGUUCAAGUUUUUUCUGAUAUCGUAUGAUUAUUUUCAACACUUUAUUUUUAAAUGUUUAAACAAAUACUACUGUGACAGGUGGGUGGUGAAAGAGAUAAAUAAAUAAUUUAAAUUUAAAUAAAAAAUGGCAGUGACACUCAAUGACAGCUGAGCUGAUUGCACUUACACAAAUACGUCCAGUGAAUGCAUCUGCUUUUCUUUUUUUAUCCUUGUUUUUCUCAUCAAAAGAAAAAAAGAUAAAAGAUGGUUCGAGCGUUCUGUACUUCAAAACGAACACAUGAAAUAAUAAUCUUGACAAUAAGUAAACAUCAUAACAUAACCUUAUUAUUUUUAAAAAAUUCAAAUAUUUAAAAUUAUAAUUUAUUUCUUUAAAACAAUCCAAUGUCAUUAUUACGAAAGUGCCUUUUAAAUAAGAAUACACUCCGUAUAAUAACUAGACCCAAACAUGGUGGCCCUACACAAAAACCAACCAAAAUUAUGACCCAAACUCUCCAAUACCACUCAACGCAUAAAAAUAAUAUUUUCAAAGCCUUCGUCCUAGUAUGUUCUAGUUAUCUGACUUAUAAAGUGGUCAAGGGACGAUUUAGUUUAGUGCCUCAAGUUAAUGCAGCAUCGAAAUCGGACACCAACAAUUUGGCCGGACGCAGGCAACAGUUUAACUUUAUAGCCGAAGUAGUUGAAAAAUCUGCACCGGCUGUAGUGUAUAUUGAAAUCAAAGACACCAGGAGAACAGAUUUUUUCACUGGUAAACCUACUACUCUUUCAAAUGGAUCAGGAUUUAUUAUUGAAGCAGAGGGUCUCAUAGUUACAAAUGCUCAUGUGGUAACAAACAGACCAAAUGCUAGAGUAGAAGUAAAACUUAUGGAUGGUAGGACUUUUAUAGGGGUAGUGGAAAAUGUAGAUUUCAGAAGCGAUUUGGCACUAGUUAGAAUAGCGGCUUCAAAUUUGCCUAUAAUGAAGCUUGGUAGUUCUGCUGAUUUAAUGCCUGGAGAAUUUGUGGUUGCUAUUGGUAGUCCUUUGGCUUUAAGCAACACUGUCACAACGGGUGUUAUAAGCUCUACACAAAGAGGUGCUGACGAAUUAGGCCUAAGAGACAGAGACAUGGUUUAUAUUCAAACAGAUGCUGCCAUAACAUUUGGCAAUUCUGGCGGGCCAUUAGUGAAUUUAGAUGGUGAAGCUAUUGGAGUGAAUUCAAUGAAAAUAGUUCCCGGUAUCUCGUUUGCCAUCCCUAUUGAUUAUGUUAAAGCAUUUUUGAAAGAUAGUAAAGCUAAAGGUCCUAACAAGCAAUCAGGUUCAACAAAAAGACUUUAUAUGGGUAUUACAAUGUUUACACUAACUCCACAAUUAGCUCACGAGUUUGCACAAAAACAUGGAAACGUGAUGCCUCAUAAUUUUAGUGGUGGAGUUUUGGUAUGGAAAGUUGUCCCAGAGUCUCCUGCUUAUAUUGGAGGACUGCAACCUGGUGAUAUAGUAACAGCAAUAGAUGGAAAACAAAUAAGAAGUGCCCAAGAUGUUUAUGAUAUUUUGAAAAAUGGCACCGCAAAAGUUUUGAGAAUGUCUGUACAAAGAAAAAGCGAACAGUUUGAGAUAAAAGUACAUCCUGAAGCUUUGGGCUGAUAUUAAUUAAGUCUUAUAUUUACAAAAUUAAAUAUUUUCAAUAAUUAUUAUUUUUUCCUAUUUUUUACUUCUGUCCAACCAUCAUCUUCCAUUGGGGUUGCUGAGUCACUAUCACUAUCAUCUGAAGAAUCGAUUUGUGUUCUGUUAUAAACUACUUGGCUUUGUUGAUUUAACCAAUUGGAAUCGCCACUUGGUAAUUUUUGAAAUUCAAUUUCACAUUCUGCAGUUUUGUCUAUAAAUGGUUAUUUAAAUAUGAGUUAUAUAUUAUUGUGAAUUGUUACCUUCUAAUAGCAAACACAAAAAUUUGUAAAGAAGCUGUGCUAUUUGUCUAGGAGAUUCGUCUUCGCAAAUAGUCUCGAACUCUUCAUCUAAUAUGUCUUCUAAUGCUUCCUGAAUUUUGUCAACGUCUACGUGUGGUUCGUGAAGGCAAUAUUGAACCAUGUAGUUCAUAAAAUCUAUAGCCGC